GUCGGAGCUGAGUCGAGAGCCAUCGCCAUCGUCUUGUCGUGCACGAUUCCUGCAAAAGAUGACUAUGAUAGAGCUAUUCUUUUAACCGCUAACGGUAACGCUAACGCAAUGAUAUUAAUGUAUCUCGACCGCGAGGUUCCGAUACCGACUGUAGCACUCUUGCUAGAUGACAUAGAUGAUAUUCAUAAGCGACGACAUCAUCGCUAUCGACGCGAUGCUCUUCUAACACUAGUCUUCGCAGCAAGGAUCCAGGGAGUUUAGCUUCUUCAGCAUCAGCUUCGUCGAUGGCAGGGGGAACCGGUGAGAAAGAGACGACUACGGGAACGACUAAAAGUG